ACAGCCUCUGGUCCCUAAAAUCUGCCCCAGCCCGGAAGUGUUUUUGAGAGAGAGAACCCGAGUAGAUAGAUAGAUAGAUAGAUAGAUAGAUAGAUAGAGAGAUGUAGAGAGAGAAAGAGAGAGAGUUAAGCGUGAGAAAGAGAACCACGUAGUGGAAUUUGGUCCGUGUAUGCAACCAAGGACAAAGAGAAGAACACGAUGCGCACUGUUGUCUCUUCAAAUUCUCUCUUUCGAUUUCGAUUAAUCGACUUGAAUUCUUGAUCGAUUCUCCGCGCCAGCUGUAUCUGUUGAAGUGCCACUUUGAUUAUCAAUGUCAAGCGAAACCUCAUCUUCGGGGUUCAUUCUGCAGGGGCUUGACGAUGUAGAGGAUUACAUUUUGGAUAAUGAAGGAGAGAGAUCAUUUCCAUGGGAUAGAUAUAGUCAUGUUGUCAAUCUUGUGCUCAGUGGAAACCAGGCAUUUCGCGAGAAUCGUUUUGAGGAGGCAAUAAAUAGUUACUCAAGGGCCAAUUGCAUUAAACCAGUUGAUCCUAUUAUUCUCAGCAACAGAAGUACUACUUAUAUCAGGAUUAGUCAAUUUUUGAAGCAAAGAACAGCAUCAGCUUCUGAAUAUCAACCGUUGAAUGGGCUUGAUAUGACAACUCUUGCUGAACUUGCCUUGAAAGAUGCGGAGAAGGUAAUGAGCCUCCAGAAUAAUUCAAUAAAGUCAUACAUCCUAAAGGCCAGUGCUCUCAUUUUGUUGGAGAAAUAUGAGAUGGCUCGGAAUGAAGGGGGUUUUAAUGGUGCAGAUCAAGUGAUGUCAAACUUUUGUCUUCGUAGUUUGAAAGUGCAAUCUCUUGACUCCCUGGUUGUUUGUGGGUUAGCAUGUACUUCUCCUUGUUGCAUUUUCAUUGGCUACAACAUUGUUCAUUUGCUCAAUCGCUUUUCUUUUAUGCUGAUAAUUAUAUUUUUAAAACAGGUGAGGAGAAUAAUGGAGGGAAAUCAUCGGAUGGGAAUGGUAACUACUGAUCCCGCAACAGGUUCAAUUGCUGAUUUUGCCUGUGAAGUGGAGAUCACUGAGUGCGAGCCACUUCCAGAUGGACGCUUCGUCCUUGAGAUUGAAAGUCGCCGGAGAUGUCGUAUCCUCAGAUCUUGGGACCAGGAUGGGUACCGAGUCGCUGAGGUUGAAUGGGUACAAGAUAUACCCCCAAGUACUGAAGGAGAUAGAACAGAUUUGCUGGAAUUGACAAGUAAUGCAGCGGCAUAUGCUCAGUCAUGGUUAACGACAGCAAAACAAGCGGCUAGACAAGAUAGAAGAAGACUUGAGAGACUCCUUAAUGUGGAAUCAAUGAUGCCUACCCCCCAAGAUCCAGAGCGCUUCAGUUUCUGGCUUGCUACUUUAUCUGAUCGGAGACCUCCAGAAAGGUUGGACCUGCUUCGCAUCAGGGAUUCAGCAGAGAGGAUAAGACGUGGGCUAAUAUAUCUCAGAGCAGAAGAACAGGGAUGUAGAGUGCAGUAAGAAGAGAUAAUUUUGAUGUAGUUCUAUAAACAGAUUUAUUUACCUGUUAAUUUAAUAUUCUUUGAACCACAAAGUAAAGAUUAAUGUGGUUCCCUGUUUCAUUGUUGUAAUACUUAAAGAAGAGCUUAUUGAGAUUAAUAGAAACACAUUUUUGCUGGCA